AUGCAAUCAGUUAGUAAUUGCCCCAUUGGGUUAGUUUCAAAAGAUACUAUAAACUCAGCUGCUACUUUUACAGGGUGGGUGGCAUGCCCAUGGAAAUACAUCAACGUUGUUGGGUCAGGUCGAUAUGUGAGCAAUAAGCCGGAUAAAAUUACCAGAUACGAUUUACUCAAGGCUGCACAUGACGCAGAAAUGCAGGAGCUGCUUACGGAAGGCGGUUUGAAAGGUAAAAGCAAGCGUAAGAAAAGGACGAAAGUGACACUGGAAACUAUAAGUGAAGAAAAUUCGUCGAAUGAAAGCAUUUGUUAA